AUAUUUGUUGUCUUCUAUUCUGUCUCUGCUCAGUUUCAGAUUUAAUGAGUGACUGACUGAGUGAACCACAUUAGAGAGAGAGAGAAGAAUGGAGAAGGCUCUGACAAAAGUGAGUAGCUUAAAAGUUGGGAGCUUAUGGAUUUCAAAGAAAGCCAAGGAGGAACUCUCUAAUAUCUCUGAGGAAAUCACUACUUUGUCAAGUACAGUUGAGGAGAAAGCAAAAUGGAUUUUCAACAAACUGAAAGGGACGCCACCGAAAACCUUGCCAGAUCUCCUCCGAGAGUACAACUUACCACCCGGACUCUUUCCCCAGAACAUAACCUGUUACGAAUUUGAUGAAGCAAAAGCAAGGCUGAUCGUGUAUCUGCCAUCAACAUGUGAGGUUAGCUUCAAGGAUUCAUCUGUUAUAAGGUAUGCAAACCGAGUCAAAGCGAUUCUGCUCAGGGGAAAGCUAACAGGAAUUGAGGGAAUGAAGACAAAGGUCCUAGUUUGGGUUAAAGUCACUUGUGUGGCAGUUGAAAGUUCCAAAUCCGAUAAGGUAUGGUUCACGGCAGGAGUCAAGAAAUCAAGGCCUAAGGAUGCUUAUCUAGCUGCCAGUAAUGGUGUUCGAGUAGAAGAAUUCUGACUCAAGAUAGUAGUUUUUGUUUAGGUACUAACUAUUUGUUGGUGUCAUCAACUUUACUACAUACCAAAAUUUCAAGAUAUGUUCUUUUUUGUU